AUGAUUUCCUUGCUAAUAUUCGGGCUCAUCGCAAGUGCUUACGCAGCACCAAAUGCCAUUCCAUCGUGGCAUCCCUAUCGGCACCGACAUCAUCAUCAUGGGCCGUCACGAUUUUUGUCCGAAUACCAUCACCACUCGCAGCUUAAUAGUAACAACUAUUUCGACACAAAUAAGUUUUGGGCUGAUUUCAAUAAAGAAAUGAAGAAUCUCAACGACAUGCUAACUGAGUUCUCACAGCAUUUCCCCACUAUUGUCUCUCAAGAUAGUGUUGUAGGUAAUGAAUAUAGAAUCACGAUUCCGCUCUCAGGAUUUGAAGUGAAGGACAUCAUUGUGAAGGCCCGCGAUGGUUUUCUGAUGAUACAAGCUCACCACAAAAAUUCUGAAGGUAAUGAAAAUAACUAUUUGAAUGUUAGGGCUCUACCUGCUACGGUUACGGUGAACGGCAAAUGGAAUUAUGACGGUAGUGUUUUGAAGAUUAUGUUUCCUUUAAAGGAAGGUGUUGAGACACAGACUGUGGAAUCUGUAAGCGUCAUAUCCACCGAUCUUACUACGGAAAUUCCAAGGUUAGAUCGUGAAAACGUUGACCAGACACACGUUGAUCAUGUAAAUAGCCAAGACGCUGAUGUGGGUCUUAACAGAGGUGAUGUCGAGGCAGAAGUGAAGACUGAUGAGUUUGACGACAGGAAUACUGUAGAGGCAACAACUUACGCCGUAGAUUUGCAAAAUGAAGUGGAAUUUAGGUUGGAUAGAUUCGAGAACUUACCACCUCAGUGGUUGGAUAGAUUCGAGAACUUACCACCUCAGAGGUUGGAUAGAUUCGAGAGCUUACCACCUCAGAGGUUGGAUAGAUUCGAGAACUUUCCACCUCAGAGAUUUGAGAACUUUCCACAUCAGAGGUUGGAUAGAUUUGAGAACUUUCCACAUCAGAGGUUGGAUAGAUUCGAGAACUUACCACCUCAGAGGUUGGAUAUAUUCGUGAACUUACCACCUCAGAGGUUGGAUAGAUUCGAGAACUUACCACCUCAGAGGUUCGAUAGAUUCGAGAACUUACCACCUCAGAGGUUGGAUAGAUUCGAGAACUUACCACCUCAGAGGUUGAAUAGAUUCGAGAACUUACCACCUCAGAGGUUGGAUAGAUUCGAGAACUUACCACCUCAGAGGUUGGAUAGAUUCGAGAACUUACCACCUCAGAGGUUGAAUAGAUUCGAGAACUUACCACCUCAGAGGUUGGAUAGAUUCGAGAACUUACCACCUCAGAGGUUGGAAAAAUUCGAGAACUUAUCACCUCAAAUGUUGGAUAGAUUUGUGAACUUACCACCUCGGUGGUUGGAUAGAUUUGAGAACUUUCCAAUCCGUCGACUGGUUGAGAAUGCCUUGGGCAUUAAAUUUGGCCGUUCUGGCCGUUGCAAAUACUUGUGCAAAAAGAUAUAA